AUGUUUUUGCUUUUUGACGAGUUUCCUGCCACGGAUGGGGUGGAGACGGGUGGUACAAUACAGCGUGUGCUUACGGAGGAGCUGGCCGAGUGUACCGUGCUUCUUAUUGCACACCGGGUGCAGACACUUGAGGCGCUGUGCACCCGUGUCGUCGUGAUUGAUAAUGGCACUGUUUCUCAAGUUCUUGAUAUGAAGAGUCGUACAACGAGGCGAGCCGCAAUGAAGAAGAAGCUUGAAAGCUUAGUGGAAUAA